GACAGUGUCUGAGAAACAGUGAGUCAGCUGAGGAGACAAACAUAGAAUCCUGCCUACAUACUCUAUCCUUAACACGGCAGUCUCAGCAUGGACACCCGGUCACUCUGCAGAAUGGUGAAUCUCCUAUUGUGUUUCAUGGAAGCCCUGGGCGCUGCUUCGAACGAUGACGGCUGGUCUAUGAAGGUUCAGGCGGAGGUGCGUGCCAUGGAGGGCUACCCAGUGGUGCUGCCUUGCUCCUUCACCCACCCCCACCACACGCUGCACUCCUCCCUGCAGGUGGUGUGGCGGCUGGGCCACGGCCAGGGCUCUACGGUGCUCUACCACUGCUCCUCUCCCACUGGGGCCAGGACCUGCCAGCCAGGCCCUCAGCAGGACCAGCGUUAUCGCCUGGAGGGGAAUCCCCGAGAGCACGACCUCUCCUUGCGCAUCAACAGCGCCGCCCUGCAGGACAAUGGACGCUACUACUGCCGUGUGGAGGUCCCCGGACACGCACACGCCAGCUACGAGGAUAAGAUGGGCACACGGCUUAGAGUGGAGGCUGCCCCACGAAUCCUGGGCCUGUCAGUGGAGGGAAGUGAGGAAGCUGGCUACAGGGCUCAGUGUCGUGUCCAGGGCUCUCCCCUACCUGACGUCCAGUGGCUGGGGCCUGACCAGCUCAUGGAAGGCUCCGACAACUCUCCCCUCUCCCAGGAGUCCCUCGAGCAACAUCACACCACCAGUCAGCUCCGGGAUGUCCUCCCUGGGCAGCAGUACACAUGUAGUGCCUCCAACCCCCUGGGGAAGGACCAUGCCACCCUGUACAUGCUGCCCCCCAGGCAGGUGCAGGUCUCUGGCGAGGCCCCUCCGCUGCUGCUCCUGCUCUCCCUCUCCCUGGGGUUCAAGGUGCUCCUGCUGCUGGGGAUGGUAGUCUGGCUGCCACAGGGAGGAGGCCGAGCAUGGCUCAGAUGCUGGUUCAAAUGAUACACUGUUUGCAUACGCAUACACACGAAUCCAAAUGUUUUAACUUCUCAUACAUUUUUCCAUUUGUCUUCAAUAAAUAAUACAUUAUGGA